AUGAUAUGGACAGACACCAGACAACUGUUCGAAGUGCUAAGGGCAAGAUGGAAAAAAGAAGAUAAAUUAACUAAGGAAACGUGUGAGGCAAUUUAUCCUCGAAAAAGCGUGGGUAUUACUACAAUAAAAAGGAUAGUUUGCCAGAGGGUCAUGAAAGUUUUUCUAUUUAUGGAUAGAAUUGAUUGGGUAGGGGAGAACUGGGCACAGAGUCGAAUAUUCAAAAAUGAACAGGUGCUUGAGGAUUAUCUCAGGUGCAUGUUGGGGAAUGUGGCAAUAGUGGAACACUUUGGCAAGCACUGCAUGCACAUUGAAAUUGUGAAGGCUGUUUCUACUGCAAUGAGCACGUUGAGAGAGGCGCUGCUACACGUCGAUACUAGUAAAAAAUGUGAACAAAUUAAUUAUAAUGACCUGAGAGUUGGGAGCAAGUUGGUUGGUUUAACCAUGGCAAAGUGGAUGGAUGAAUUGAGAACUGAAGGAGGCAUUUCACCUGGAAAAGCUUCGGCCACAGGAGGAGUAUGUCCGGGGUCGCCAGGACAACAAGGUACACGCAGGGCAGACUCAGGGCAAGGAAGUGUGACUGUUGCAGGAGUAUUGAAACGUGAAGAUCAGGACCAGGUGAAAACAUUCAUCAAUAAGGGGAAGGAACUGAUAGAACAGGACAGAAAGGCCUUACUGAACGAGGUGCUUGAGAAGGGUGGCGACAUUAAGGCAAUAGAAAAGAUAUUAGACAAAGUGAAGGACGGGAAGUGGCAACGGGACAACACAACAACGACGAACUCCCGUUCGAAAAGUCCACAAAACAACGGACACUCACCGGGGGAACAACAGGCGACAUCAUCAUCAACAACAUCACAAGCACCGGGCAUGUCAGCCACCGGUAAUACAGGUACUGCAGGUGGCCCGGCCAAACCCGCGGGCGCCUCAAAACCAGCAGUUACAGAAACGCCGGAAACCACACCAUCCAAGGCAUCGCCAGCGGCGACAGAGAAGAAGACAGAGCAGGAGUCCACGUCGAAAACUUCAGGGAAAGAAAAAGGAAGUGAUGUGUCACAGGGGCCAAAGGGCACACAGGCACCAUCAUCCUCACCAACGCAGCCAUCGUCGUCACCAGGGUCCCCAACAACAGUACUUCGGUCAGACGACACGACGCGUGAACCCCCCCGACCCGCAGUAUCCGGCGGACCCGAGGCAGCACCAUCAUUACCACAGUCACCACCGGGCGCCGGAGACCCAGGCGCAGUAUCAGGUCAAAUACCAGGACCUGGACAACAACCCCCACCUCCACCACCACAACAGGAAGGAUCAACGCCGGGGAACAAUAGUAGAAAGGAGCCACCAGCAUCCGCAGCCGGCACAUCGGGACCUAAGGUGGACGAGGAUGGAAACAAGCACAACCCACAGGUAUACGCGCCGACACCAGGUGAGAAAGAGAGCAAAGUAGUUGAAAGCAAGACUGCUGAAACUCUACUUGGUACUGCAGUCAUAACAACUGAGAUCACCACCACAACCUAUGAUCCCACUGGUGCAGUGGGUAUGGAUACUAUUACUAAGUUACUGGAGGAGCAAGAGAAGAAGGAGAAAAGUUCCCCUGACUCCCACGUCCCCAACAGUAAUGCUCAGGAAGAAACAACACCAUCAUUAUCACCAGGACCACAUCUCCCGACACCGCAGACACCAUCCCAUGCACCCGGUGCCGCCGGUCCUGUCCAUCCGGCCGGCGCUUCCGGUCCAGCAGGUGAAAAAGGCGGAAGCGGUGAAGCCGGUAACACCGUGCCCGCCGUCGCCGAUGGCGGCAAUGAUGACCCCCCUCCUCUCAAUCCACCCAAACCAAAACCCAACCCGAACCCAGAUCAAUCGGGUACAAGCGGCAGCGGCGGAGGCGCCGACCAGUCCUCAGGAGGUGGUGCAGAUGGUGUUUCUGGUGGGGCAGGAAAAGGAGGUGCGGAUGGCGGCGGACAAGGCGGUGGUAGUAGUGGUGGUGGUACUGGCCGUGGUGCAGGUGCUGCAGUUGGUGGAGCAGGUGGUUCCCCUCCUUCCAGUGGCCCUAGUUCAGACACCAAUCAGCAAGAUCAAUCCAUGCUCCCUCUUCCCUCGAAACCAUUCCACCCCAAGGAUCUCAUCCCGUAUAACCCCGCCAUCAUCCCAGCGGUUGUUUGUAUUGGAAUCAUUGCGUUCUUCCUAUGGAAGCAUCCAGGCGACUUCGACAGACACGAAGAGCCUUUGGCCAAAUUACGCGUACGUAACAGAGUUGCCCGCAGUUUAGCAAAAAUUAAAGCAAUUCCAUCAGAACAUGAGCUUGUAUUAGAUCCGAUGGCAUUCGAACACUAUGACGAUACUCAACCAACCUAUGAAGGAGCCUAUGAAGGUGCCUACGACGAUGUCGACGAACGUUAUGCACAAGCCUAUGCAUCUCGUCCUAAACGAAUAUAUUGUCGCGAACAAUGGACGACACCAAAAAAACGAUGUUAUAGAGACGGAGAAGGAACUAUUCUAAAAGAAUGGAAAAUGGUGGAGUACGAGAUACCACAAGAAGUCCAUUAUGAAAGAAAGUGGAAAAUAGAACAUGAUGCAACGGAAGAAGAAGUUGAUAGCCGCGACACAUUAUCUGCCGAUAUGGCAGUCUCCGCGUCAGUUGAAAAGCCUAGCACAUCCGUUUCGAAGGUUGGUGCACAAGCAUCAUUGCCACCGUCCCUACAGAAUAAUGUACAAAAUAAAGGACAAAGUGCAAAAACGAAACAGGAGCCGCAAGGAUCUUCGGGUACAGGAACGACCGCAAGCACAAAGCAUGGCAAGCAGAAUAAGGCAGUUAACGUCAAACCCGGAAGAGACUUUAGUAGACGGAAAUUGGCUGCAUAUAUUCUAUAUAGGUACUGCAAGUUCUUCGUUGCUGCUAUUUUGGUUUACUGUGCAAUAAUGGUGGCAUGGGUAUACUCAGUAUGUGCUCACUUGGGCUAUUCCGAUGCUGCUACCGCAGGCGAAGGCAACAGUGCCGCAGAAAAUGUCGACGCACACAAUUGCAUCUGA